GAAGAGUUUUUUUUUUGCAGAUGUGGUUCAGCAUGGAUAGUUGAAUCGUCAGGACACCAGUCGCAACCGUGUCAAAGUUUACAGCGAAUAUAUAGCCGUGAGAGCAGGGGUUUGUAGUAAAUGGAUCGCCACGAGUAAAGUAAAAGAGAUCGUACCGUCAUAAUACUUUCUUUAUCCGAUUUGUGAAUCGACUUCACUCGGUCUGCUCAAGGUUCCCGUACGGAAAGGAAAGAAAAUGCCUGUAGCAACUCUUCUACCUUUCACGUCGACUCCAAAUAGGAAGUCCACCAGCCCGACCUCUUUUAGGCUAACAGAAAAAUUCAUAUUGCUGUUAGUUUUCAGCGCGUUUAUCACGCUAUGUUUCGGAGCAAUAUUCUUCUUACCGGAUUCGUCAAAGCUGCUUAGCGGAGUUUUCUUCCGCUCGUCGUCGGUAGAAACCGCCACUCGAACAGGUAUGGAUAGUGGUUCUAGUACUGGGACGGGGAACGCAGACAAAAUAUUAGCUAAAAUUCGGAAAGAUCACGAAGAUGCCUUGAUCGAGGCCAAAGAUACGCUUCAAAAACACCCUGAAGACAUCAAGAAAGACAUUAAGACCGACAAGGAUCAAGUUGUCCAAGGUCUAGUUAAAGAUAAAGAUGACAGUCUCCCAAUAAUUGAAUAUGUUCGACCACCCGGAGUGAUGGGACGUGAACCAACGGACCCGGACACCAAAGAGAAACGGGCAAAAAUAAAAGAGAUGAUGCAGUUUGCCUGGGACAACUACAAGCGCUAUGCCUGGGGCUUCAAUGAACUAAGACCUGUCUCCAAGCAAGGACAUUCCAGCAAUCUGUUUGGUGGUCUAAAGGGGGCAACUAUUGUGGAUGCUCUGGACACACUUUACAUCAUGGAGAUGUAUGACGAAUUUGAAGCUGCUUCUGAAUGGGUGGUGAAAAACCUGGACUUUAACCAAAACACAGAGAUCUCCGUGUUUGAAGUGAACAUUCGCUUUGUGGGAGGACUGCUAUCGGCCUACUAUCUCUCGGGUAAAGAGGUGUUCAGAAGGAAAGCUAUAGAGUUGGGGGAGAAACUGCUUCCAGCUUUCAAGACCCCCACUGGCAUCCCAUGGGCCCUGCUCAAUAUGAAGAGUGGUAUAGGGCGUAACUGGCCCUGGGCGUCGGGUGGCAGCAGCAUCUUGGCGGAGUACGGCACACUGCACCUGGAGUUCAUGCACCUCAGCAAGCUGUCUGGAAACCCCGUCUUUGCAGAGAAGGUCAUGAACAUCCGAAAAGCUCUAAACCGGCUAGACAAGCCCUCAGGCCUGUACCCCAACUACCUGAACCCCAACAGCGGCCAGUGGGGACAACAUCAUGUGUCGGUGGGUGGGCUGGGCGACAGCUUCUAUGAGUAUCUGCUGAAGGCCUGGCUCAUGUCUGACAAGACAGACGAGGAAGGAAAGAAACUCUACUACGACGCUUUGCAGGCCAUUGAGAAGAGCCUGAUCCGCAAGUCGAGUGGGGGUCUGACCUACAUAGCGGAGUGGAAGGGGGGUCUCCUGGAGCACAAGAUGGGCCACCUGACGUGCUUCGCUGGGGGCAUGAUCGCGCUGGGGGCCGACGGAGCUCCAGAAGGCCAGACGGGACGCCACAUGGAGCUGGCGGCCGAGAUCACACGCACCUGCCAUGAGUCCUACGCUCGCACCAAUCUGAAGCUGGGUCCCGAGGCGUUCCGCUUUGAUGGGGGCGUGGAGGCCAUUGCCACGCGGCAGAAUGAGAAAUACUUCAUCCUGAGGCCAGAGGUCAUCGAGACCUACAUGUACCUGUGGAGGUUCACACACGACCCCAAGUACAGGCAGUGGGGCUGGGAGGCAGUGCAGGCUCUGGAGCAGCACUGUAGGGUGGAGGGGGGCUACAGUGGCGUGAGGGACGUCUACGCCUCCAACCCCAACCAUGACGACGUGCAGCAGAGCUUCUACCUGGCCGAGACGCUCAAGUAUCUGUAUCUGUUGUUCUCCGAAGACGACCAUCUUCCGUUUGAGCACUGGGUGUUUAACACUGAGGCCCACCCUCUUCCCGUCAUCAAGAAAGAGCCCAACAGCAAUCAGGCCAACGAGGUGGAGUAGCCCCGCCCACCACCACCACCGUCCAUGGCCUCUGAACUCUGACCUUUCAGUCUUUCCCCCGCCCCAAGAUGGAUCCAUUCCCAAGAUGAGUGGUCCCACUGUCCCCUGAGACAACCUAACUUUUGGUGGGUAGAUGAGUUGGGUCAGAAUGACUGAAACCAGUAACACCCCACCCUCCCCACAACCUUCCACAGGACAAGGAAGAGAGUGGGGCAGGGGCGGGGGGGUCACUUUCCCCAGGGAGUGUCUCCAAUUUUAAGGGCCCAAUGGAGAAUGUUCCUGGAACCCCCAUCCCACCCUCACCCGUUUCCGUCUGAUCCCCAGAACCAUGCACCUAUGUAUGGACGUUAUGUGGGAUCAACUUACCCUGACCCCCACCACCCCAUGCAGAGGAGAUCCAUCCUGAUCCUUGGAGAGAGGGGUGAAUUGAAGGGCAUUUGUCUUCUCACUCUGUAUGUUUACCUUUCCCUGACCCACCCAACUUGCUCCUUUUCCACUACUCUUCCUCUCUCUGACCUACCUUGACCUCGACCUCGACCUUGACCUUGACCUUGACCUCCCCUGGGCCCAUCCCGUCCAUUAGCAGACGUUCUCCCCAAGCAAUGACCAAGUCCUGAAUGCGGGCCUCGUUUUGGAAGAGGCCCGAUAAACCUUUUACUGUAAACAGUACCUCCUCUAUGAGGAGACAUUGGGGGCUGUUAUUCUCUGCGUUUUAUGUCCUUUCCUCUCUUCUUCUCCCAAAUUUUUGUCUCCCAUUUACACUGACACUUACAGACUGACAAGAUGCGUAUUCUGACACACAGACUUUCCCAGACAUCGAUUCUCUCUCACACACACAUUCACAUAUGAAUACACGUUUUUUGUCCAUAUAAGCCAUACUGGAAUCAAGUGUGGUACAUGUUUGGAUGCUGAUGAGGAUUUUUCUCAGUUCUCAAAUGGGUGGGAAGGGUGUUUGUUUGUUUGUUUGUUUGUUUGUUUGUUUUGACCAAGCACAUCAGCUUGACCUUAUUAUGAGCUCAGCUUUUUGUGUGCAACAUUUUAGCUUUCUAAAAGCUACUUACGAGGGUCUCAGUGGACAGACUUGGUCACUUAUUUCCUCCUCCUCUCUCUCUCUCUCUCUCUCUCUCUCUCUCUCUCUCUCUCUCUCUCUCUCUCUCUCUCUCUCUCUUCAAACCCAAGCUCUGUAGUGGUCUCCAAUCAACUAGUGCCUUUUUUCACUCUUCAAAAAUGCGUAGUCUAAUGAUGAAAAUGGUUUAAAAAAAACAUGAAUUUAUUUAUUCCCGGGCAAAGUUAACUGGGUUCUUCUUUGUUUGUUUGUUGUGUUGCGAUAUUUUUUUUUUUUGCUAGUGUGUUUGCGUCUGAUCAGAGGCCGUGUGCGCGUGACUGUGCACCAGUUCUUGUGGCGUCUGGUGUUGCCGUCGUAGACAACGGAGCCCCAGAAGAUACUGUUCCCACAGUUACCUAUUUUAUGCCUCUUUUCCACUGCCGUUUUUCUGGUAGGCCUAUAGCUCGACACAGCGUGACUCGGCCACCACUUUCUCUUUUCAAAUAGGCACGACAGCUCAAUUGUAAAGCAAAAAGUGUCCGCCGAGUUGCGCUGUGUUGAGCUGUAGGCCUACCAUAAAACCAGCAGUGGAAAAGAGGCAUUAGUUGCAUUCCAUCCAUAUGUCUGUGUUUGUAUAAAUACAAUCUUUGUUUAUCAUUCUCCUGUGUUUUUUUCAUUCUGUAGUAUGUUUCUCAUAAGUAUCUUUACGUUUCCUUUUAGCUCCAUCUGUGUCUCCUCCUGUCUCUCUUUCUCUCUGUCUCUGUUUCUUACUCUCUGUCUCUGUCUUGCUCUCUCUCUCUCUCUCUCUCUCUCUCUCUCUCUCUCUCUCUCUCUCUCUCUCUCUCUCUCUCUCUCUCUCUCUCUCUCUCUCUCUCCCCCUAUCGCUCAUAAAGAUACAUUUUCUAUCCCCACCUUUCCGAAUAAUUCUCUUUCUUGAGAGUUCAGUGUUUAUAUCAUGCACUUCCACCAACUCCCAACUCAUAAUCCUUUGUGAGUGGCCAACAAUAUGUCUCUCUGGGCCACCGUCCUUUAUUUUCCUCAAUCAAUUUCUUUUAAUGUUUGACAUAAAAGAACGAGACCGAGUGGGGUGAAAAGAGUUCUGAAGCUUAUCGCUUUUUGUCUGUCUGCUUUUGUGUGCUUAUCUUAGAGCUCGACAGGGACAUUCAUCAACCUGCAGCUUUUGUUAUGGAGACAAAAAAAGACAAAAAAAAACUGGUUUGAUAUUUAAUUUAUUUUAUCGUGCUGUGGUGAUAAUGACGAGUUGUUUUCUUCAGUGGUGGGGUUGGUGUUUAGGGGGUUGUUUUGGGGGGAGGGGACCUCACACUGAAGUAGUCUGUGAUUUUUCUUUUUUUUUUUUUAAUUUGUUUUGUUUUUGUGUUAAUUUUUAUAUAUGAACCUCUGGCAAGGUGGGUUAAUGUGGGGGAGGAAUGGUCGCUGCAACCUACCCAAUCAGCCAGUGGAAGCUGGAGACAGUGGGAGUAUAUCAAACGAAUGAAUGUACCACCAAAUGUGAAAUGGAAGGAAUUACGCCUUUUGAUGUAUCUUGUGUUUUUUUUCCUCUGUCUUUAUUUCUGUUCCUUUAUUUCUUGGUAGAUUGUUGUCCUGCUAAGCACAAUACAUUACAAAAAUCUCUUUCCUGGUAGUAGGGUGUCCAUGGAGAAAAAAAAGAAACGCGCAAAUGAGUGAGAUUUAAAAAAAAAAAAAAAUGUAUAAAGUCAAACGAAGUAAAAGAAAGCACAAGAUUACUUUGUUUCUUGUAUUGAAAUGCAGCAGUGACAGGGAAAGAACUUCAAAGAGCAGCACUACACUGGAUGGAAAAAAACAACACACACACACACACACCCACACACACACUGUUGCUGUCUUUAUUAUGCCAAAUACUGUAUUAGGAAUAAACACUCGUCUGCAUACCUGGUCCGGUUUUAAUGCCCAUCACCACAGGACAUGUGCACUGAUUAAUGGGAUCCAGCUCCAAUGCAUCAAAUCUCAUUCCUACAAGUAAAUUACUGAUAUGGCUUUCUGUGUGCUGUGCGCAAAUGUACAAGUCCUCCAAGUUUCCAACUGUACUCUCUAGUCCUAGAAUCUUGGAACAAUUCUAAGGCAAUUGUUGUGCAGAGCACACUCGUGAGGCAAGACCGGGUUGCCAAGAGUAGUAAUGGUAAUGGCUGGCGGUAUUGCAAAGAAUUGUGGCAGAGAUAGUAAGAUUCUGUAUACUCUGAUUGUGACAGAGUAUGCUAGUAUGUUUUUUUGUUUGUCCCCCCAGCGUAGUCAUGUCAUACUGGUUUGUGGGGCCUGCAUCGCCCUGACUCUGCAGUAAUUGCACUGCGACAUCUCACGAAGUGGUAGCCAAUCGGUUGGAUUUACCAUAUCCCACUCGCAAAGUGGACACAAUCUCUGCCUCUAUCGAAGUCGAAUGAAUGGAAGUCUGUUAGCAGGGGUGCAAACAUGAUGAUAUUAACGAAGCCAAUCUGCUCACAGUAUCAUUCCAAGUCCAUACAGUACCUGCUGCUGAAGAUAGGGGGUGCUGUUGUGCAAUAAGGACAAAUCAGGUUGGCAACAUUUUUUUUGGUCUAUGAUCUAAUAACAGAGAGAGGACGAACUAAAAUAAUUGGCACUCAUAGCUGCUUAAGAACGGCAAAUUGGUUUACAAGUUGAAUACAUAUCUAAGUUGUUUUGCCCUAGUUUCGAUUGGAGUUUAUAAACUCAUUCUUAGCGUUAAAUGUACCGGUCAAUAACAUAGGUGUCAACGCCCAGUCUUUUUUCCCCUGUUCGUGAAAAUACACUAUGGUGUACAGCAGUGUUGUGGACAGCCAAAGGUGUGCCACAGUUGCCCACCUGGAAGAGCCAUGCAGUAUAUUCAGGAUACUAGGAUACUGUGAAGCUGCAGACUGCGACCAGCAGAGUAUACUACAAAUGAUGGUUAAGUGAUGAACUUACUGUAUUCAAACCAAAGGUAGACGUAAACUUGACAGAAAUGGCCCAUAUUUGGGAUUCGUUUUGAUUAUGAAGGCUUGGACUCGUGUACUAACAAGUUUACAACUACCUCUGGGUGAUCCAAACCUGGAUCCCCGUUUCUCGAAAGCAUCGUUGGUAACCAGUUAGCAACUUAGUAAGUUGUCAAUGGGAAAUUGCAUUGUAGCCAAGUAAGUUACUAACUUAGUUAGCAACGACGCUGUCGAGAAACGCACCAGAUUUGUCACUUCUUGUAGUAAGCCCCACCCCUGGUCGUGCCUGCCUAACUGGCGUAGGAUUAUUUUCCAUGAAACUUCUUAAGGUUUUGCUGGUCGGUACGUUCGGCACUGCAGUGAUAUUGUAGUGCAGUGUCGACCGCUCUCUUUAAGCGCUAGCUUCACAUGCCAUUGUGUUGGCACAGAAGACUUGUCCUGAUGUUUUCGUUUCUGAUUCUGAAGUUGUGGUUAAGAAAAUUUCGUGUUGACUAUCUAUGCCUUUUUUUCUCAGCUUUAUUUCUUUGUUUGGCUUUUGUUUUUUUGUUUUUUUGUUAAGUAAUUGUGUGAAUCUGUUUUGUGAAACGACCUCAGAAAAUGUAACUGUACAAUAUUGCUGAUAAUCAUUCCAUUGCACAUACAGUAGGUUUUUUUUGGUUUGUUUUAUGCAAUUAAUUUUUGUGGGAAAUCAUGACGUAAAUUUGUGUUUUACCUGUUAUUAAUGUAAAUAUUCCAUUCUGGCAGAUGCCAUUCUACAUUUAUAUGAAAAAAAAAUCUUAUGACUUUAUGGAAUAAAUAAUAAUUAUCAGCAAAAUUUUAAUAAAACUAUAUUUGGUAUAAUUCUACUUUGAAUAAAAAUA